CCUGCCUCCACACUGUGGGUCUCCCCCCAGUCGAUGUAAGUGCUUUUUCAUGAGAUGGCAGCAGCCAUGCACUGGGAGAUCUAGAGGGAGGGUUUCUGAGUGUGAGCAGAGUCUCUGUUUUCAUUCAGUGGAUGCUCAGUGGCCCUUGAGCAGCUUGGAUUUAACGGUUGACCGGCUGGCUAACAGGUGGCGCUUGGGGAAACAGUGAGAGCACUGUGUGGAGUGCUGCUGCACGCUGAGACACUUGGACUGUUGCAGAAGCCAGCAGCAUGUUGAGGAUCCAGACGUGGUUUCUUGUCCUGGUUCUCUGUGCUGGGAGCUUGGAGGCCUGGUGGUUCUUUAAUUCAGAAGCCACCACAGAGACCCCAACGGAGAUGACGCCAGCAGGAACGACAGGUGCCACAACUCCAACAGGAACGACAGGUGCCACAACUCCAACAGGAACAACAAGUGCCACCACGACAGCCAAUGCCACAAAGAAGGAGGAAGAGGAAGAGGAUGACGAAUUAUCCGGGGUUGGGGAAGAAAUCAUCAACGUGGCCACAGGAAUCCGUAAGUUAGUCAAGACGUGGGAUGCGAUCCCGACCACCAGGACUACUAACGGAGGCCUGACAGAGAAGGUGGAGAGCGCUAACCUUAACAUGACUGAGGAGAGCGGCGUCUCUUUGCUGCAGCUAAUCGGAGACCCUCCACCAGAUGAGAUCACCAGGGUUGUCGGGCCGAGGGGGGAGGCCGCCUACGUCUUCACCCCUGCGGCGGUGUCAGGUCAGCCGGCUCUGGCCCACGUCCCCAACCCUUUCUACCGUCAUUUCUCCCUCCUCUUCCACAUCAAGCCCUCCACUCCAGCCGCCUCCGUCCUCUUCUCCAUCACCGACAGGACCCAGAAGCUCAUGUACAUCGGCGUCAAGCUCAGCGCGGUGCAGUCCGGCCGUCAGAGGGUGCGGUUCUUCUACACCGAGCCCGACUCUGAGGCUUCGUAUGAGGCAGCCACCUUUGACGUGCCAAGCCUGGUGGACUCCUGGACUCGCUUCUCGCUGUCUGUCUUUGAGGAGCAGGUGACUUUCUAUCAGGGCUGCGACUCUGAGCCACAGGUGGUGAAGUUUGAGCGUUCGCCGGAUCCCAUGGAGCUCGACACGGGGGCGGGGAUCUUUGUGGGUCAGGCAGGAGGAGCCGACUCUGACAAGUUCCAGGGUGAGAUUGCAGAGCUGACAGUGGUGGGAAACCCUCGGGCAGCUGAGCGUUUGUGUGACGACGAGGAUGACUCUGACGCUGCCUCUGGUGACUUUGGCAGCGGUGAAGGCGACAAGAGACAGACGGGACACACUGUGAGGACCACACCUGCCUCCUUGCGGCCAGUACCCGAACCCCCUGUGAUAACCUCACAAGGAACCAGACUCAAAGAAACAGAUGUCAGGUAUCAGCAGCCGUCGGUGGACUACAGCCGGCCUGGAUCACCAGGCCAAAGAGGUCCCAGCGGUGCUAAAGGUGAAAGGGGUGACAAAGGAGAAAAAGGCUCAAAGGGGGACACAGGCCUCGCAGGGCCAAAGGGAGAGUCGGGCACCAUCUCUGGAUCCGGUUUCUCCUCUCAGGGCGGAGGACAGAAGGGAGAAAAAGGUGCAAAGGGCAGCUCCGGCUUCGGAUACCCCGGCAAUAAAGGAGACCGUGGGGCUCAGGGGCCUCCCGGGCCACCUGGUCCUCCCGGACCUGCAGCUGAGGUGGUUCGACUUGGGGACGGCUCUGUUGUGCAGCAGGUGGCUGGACCCCCCGGACCGCCGGGACCACCGGGGUCAGAUGGGGCCGCAGGACCCCCAGGAACUGAUGGAGAGCCUGGUGAUCCAGGAGAGGAUGGAAAAGCUGGUCCCGCUGGGCCACAAGGUCCCCCAGGAAAUCCAGGAACGUCUGGUGCCAAAGGCCAAAAGGGUGAGGUUGGAGAGGGUCAGCCAGGACCCAGAGGCCCCCCAGGUCCACCAGGACCUCCUGGACCUGGCACCGUUGACCGCCCAACGUUUGUUGACAUGGAGGGCUCAGGAUUCCCAGACUUGGACAAAAUCCGGGGUGCCCGUGGUCCUCCGGGCCCCCCAGGCCCUCCCGGCCCCCCUGGGACUUCAGUGGCACUGGGAGCCAACGGUCCAGUAGCUUUUGGACCUCCUGGACCACCUGGACAGGAUGGAGUCCCUGGUCUACCAGGCCCUCCCGGUCCUCCCGGUGCACCGGGCCAGCCAGGACUCAGAGGAGAAAAGGGUGACAGCGGUGAGCUUGGUCUUCCAGGAGCAGCUGGACAAAAGCAAGACACGCAAGACUCCAACUUUUUCACCGGCCUGUUCUCUUACUUUACUCCAUCCUCUACGGGUGCUCAGGGUGACCAAGGAAGGUCAGGUACACCAGGGCAGACUGGGCUGGCAGGGCUUCCAGGUCCCAUGGGACCAGUUGGACCCCCAGGACCCCCUGGGCCACCAGGGCCACCGUACCGUGUUGGUUUCGAUGAAUAUGAGGUGAACAAUGGCUUGCCUGGACUCAGAGGCCCACCUGGACCACAGGGUCCACCUGGUAUUGCAGGUCUACCUGGUAAGCCAGGUUUGCCAGGUAGCCAUGGAGACAAAGGAGCAGAGGGACCAAGAGGACCUCCAGGGAUACCAGGUCUUGACGGGUUGCCCGGACAGUUGGGUGAAAAGGGAGAAAGAGGAUGGAAAGGAGACAUGGGUCUGCCAGGGCGAGAUGGCGGGCCACCUGGACCUCCAGGGCCUCCCGGACCGCCAGGACAGAUCACCUACCAGACAACAGCCGAUUAUAAUGACAUAUAUGGGAACGAAGGGUUGCAGGGAGGAGUUGGUUUUCCGGGUCGACCAGGAUUCCCAGGGCCUGGGGGACCGAAAGGAGACAAAGGAGACAUAGGUCCUCCAGGAUAUGCAGCUAAGGGGGAGAAAGGAGAGCCUGGUAUCAUCAUGGGGCCUGAUGGGAGACCUCAGUACCUCGGUGGCCUGGCAGGAAAGCCGGGCGAGAGAGGACCCCCUGGCCCUGUGGGACCUCCAGGUCCAUAUGGUCCUUCAGGCCUGAAGGGAGAGAUUGGGCUUCCAGGUAGACCGGGUCGGCCGGGGCUGAACGGCGCCAGAGGAGAGAAGGGAGAUUCAGGCAGUGGAUCUGGAUAUGGUUACCCCGGUCCUCCAGGUCCACCGGGCCCCCCUGGACCUCCUGGACCUUCUGCUCCCAUCGAUAGACUCAGAGGAUAUGAGGAUUACUCCAGGUACUACCCAGCUCUUAAAGGAGAAAAAGGUGAUCGUGGACCACCAGGGACACUUGAAAUUCCAGGUGUCGGGUCAAACUUUGACAUUUACACUUUAAGGAAUGAGAUGAAAGGUGAAACAGGCAGUCCGGGCUUGAAAGGAGAGAAAGGAGAACCGGGCAGAGGAUAUUAUGGAGGGAGUGGAGUCGGAGCCCCAGGAGUGCCUGGACCUCCUGGCCCAAAAGGCGACUCCAUCAUUGGCCCACCAGGCCCUCAGGGGCCACCUGGUCAACCAGGAAGAGGCUAUGAUGGGCAACCUGGACCACCAGGGCCGCCUGGACCUCCAGGACCAUCCUUACCUGGAGCUUACAGGGGCACACAGACUAUCAAUAUUCCUGGACCACCGGGACCACCUGGAGUGCCUGGACUACCUGGACAAUCCUCAGGGGUGACAGUGUUGAGGUCUUAUGACAUCAUGACAGCCAAUGCUAGAAGACAACCUGAGGGUUCUCUGGUGUACAUUAUAGAAGAAACAGAUCUCUACUUACGGGUCCGAGAUGGAGUUCGCCAAGUCCACCUCGGGAACUACAUUGCUUUACCCAGUGAGGAUGGUAAUGAGGUUGCAGCUGUGGAGCCCCCACCAGUCGUCCCCUACUCCCCAGACCACCACUCCAACACCGACACCUUCACACACGACUCCCAAAGGCCAACUGAGGUCCAUCCCGACUCUGGGCAUCGGCCAGACCCGCAUCACCCAACACACGUGGACCCUCGAUACCCAUCAAACCCUGAUCCCCGUUACCAACCUGAUGCACGAUAUCAGCCAGAUCCGCGGUUCCCAGCACCCACAGAUCCCAGGUUUCCAAGUUACUCAGACCGGUUAAAUCAACCAGACGGUAGGUAUUCUGUCCAUGUGACCCAGCAACGGCCUGCAUACCCGGACACUCGCUACGCAGUCACUCCUCAGAGAAGACCACCUCCCCCUGUGGCCCAGAGUCCAGUCCACCAUCAUACUUCAGGUCCAGGGCUCCACCUGAUCGCCCUAAACAGCCCUCAGACCGGCUCCAUGCGGGGUAUCCGUGGUGCAGACUUCAUGUGCUUCACUCAGGCUCAGGCCAUCGGGAUGAAGGGAACUUUCCGGGCCUUCCUGUCCGCCAAACUCCAAGAUCUCCACAGCAUUGUCCGCAAGGCUGACAGGGACCGUGUGCCAAUAGUAAACCUGAAGGACGAGGUUCUGUUUGACAGCUGGGACGCCAUCUUCAAUGACGGCAGAAUGAAGGACAACGUGCAGAUCUACUCCUUUGAUGGCAAAGACGUUCUCAGUGACAGCACAUGGCCAGAGAAGAUGAUGUGGCACGGGUCAACCGGCGCCGGGCAGCAGCAUGUCGACAGCUUCUGCGAGUCAUGGCGUGUGGGCGACCGGGCGCUGACUGGCAUGGCGUCGUCGCUGCAGAGUGGCAGUCUGCUCCAGCAGAGCUCCAGCAGCUGCUCCAGCUCCUACGUCGUGCUGUGCGUCGAGAACAGCUACACCGUCCACGCCAAGAGAUAGACACAUACAGUACACAAACAACACUGGACAAAGGGAAAUCCCCAAGCAGUCAGUCAUGCUUUUGUCCACACAUACUUUUCUAUCUAUCCACCUUAUGGGGUGCUUUGUAAAUACGUUUUUUUCUUAUGAAUAAUUUGUGUAUGUUUGUUAGCCCUUCCUAUAUGGUGCUAAACAGGAUUAUCCCACAUGUUGAACCCAAGUUAAGCUCAGGUGACAUACAGUAACACACCUUCCGGUAGCCAUAUUGGAAGUCCACUCGUUUAAGGCAAUAGCGGCCUUAAAAGCUGUUUCCAAAAGGGCAGCUUUGUUGUCUGUGAACAUAAAUGGUUAAUUUCUUGUCAGGUAGUUGUCGCUAUAAUGUUUAUAUAAAUAUUGAAAUUAUCAUGCUCGGUGCUAGCUAGUAAAGCCCAGUUUUUAUUUGCCCAGGUGUGAUUUGGUUGAUUAGAAAAUUAAAUUUAUGAAAUUUAAUCGCACCUUUCUUUUCAGAAACAAUGUCCUGAUUACUCUGGAUAAUCAACAGAACAUGCAGACUAA